AAGCACUUAACUCAGAAAUUCCCGUCCAGAGUUCGAUGUAAGUUCCGGGGAGGACGUCGGCCAAGCGUUCGUUUUCCGGACUUUAAACUGCAACACCUGAAAAAUCUCCAACAGCUGGGGACUUCACGACGCAGGCCGUCAUAACUCACAGACACGCGCCUGGCAUUAUGGAGAAGAUCACAGACAAGAUCGCGGCGCUGCCGCCAGAUGCGAACUUCUUCUCGCUGGAGUUCUUCCCCCCAAAGACUCAGAUGGGUUCUGCCAACUUGCAGGCUCGUCUGGAGCGUAUGGCUCAAGCCCUCCGUCCUCUCUUCGUGACGGUUACAUGGGGUGCUGGAGGCACGACCGCGGCGAAGUCGCUGGAGCUGGCGGAGAUCUGCCAGCGACAGCUGCAGCUCACGACAUGUCUGCAUCUUACCUGUACAAACAUGGACCGGAAGCUGGUUGACGAGGCACUGGAGGAAGCAAAGGUUCUGGGAAUAAGGAAUAUCCUUGCACUGCGCGGUGACCCUCCUCGCAGCGAAGAGUACAACAUGCAUGGAGAGGAUGACAGCAAUAAGGAGUUCAAGUAUGCGGUUGAUCUCGUUCGAUAUAUCCGGAAGGUGCACGGAGACUACUUCUGCAUUGGAGUUGCAGCUUAUCCUGAAGGUCAUCCGGGCGAAUCUGUCCAGGAUCCUCAAUCGCCAGAGCAUGACCUGCCCUAUCUGAUCGAAAAGACCACGGCCGGUGCGGAUUUCAUCAUGACCCAAUUGACAUACGAUAUCGAUGCGUACAGGAAGUUCGAAGAUCUACUGAGGAACCAUGAGUCUGGUGUCUUCAAGACCAUUCCUAUCAUACCUGGUCUUAUGCCUAUCCAGAGCUACAACAUCCUGACGAGAGUGACAAAGCUGAGUCAUGUCAAGGUUCCGAAGGAUGUCCUGUCUCGGAUCGAGAAAGUCAAGACCGACGACGAUGCAGUGAAGCGCACUGGUGUCGACAUUGUGAGCGAGAUAGUGGACAAGAUGAAGGAUCUACCGUGCCCAGGACCUCGUGGCUUUCACUUCUAUACGCUGAAUCUUGAGAAAUCCGUGUCAUUUAUCCUCGAGCGGUGCGAUCUUAUUCCGCCAUCAACUGACGCAGCUGAUGACGAUGAUCGAGAUGCGGAUGGCGUUGUAAUUGUGGAGGCUCCCAAAGAUGCACCUCUAACUGAGGUCCAGAAGCGUUCAUUCUCUAGGCGUCGAGCUUCCUCCAUCAACUCGCAGCCUCACAACCGUCUGAUUGUUGACAAACCAUCUGUACCCUCGGAUGGCUCUUCCAGAGGCUCCACCACGCAUGAAACCGCUGCUCUCAGUGCUGGUUUGCCAGCACUGAACCCACCACCUCGCAGUACAACGCUACAGAUCUCCGAGGGUCUUGGCUCUCUCGGUCGGGAAGCCACAUGGGAUGACUUCCCCAAUGGACGCUGGGGUGAUGCUCGAUCUCCUGCAUUCGGAGAGAUCGAUGGCUAUGGUCCAUCACUUCACGUGUCUGCUGCUGUAGCUCGUCGAAUUUGGGGUUACCCUGUCUCUCGUGAUGAUAUCAGCACCUUGUUUCGCCGACACGUCUCUGGUGAACUGCACAUGGUGCCAUGGUCGGAGGGAGGAGCGGAAGAAAAUUCUGGUGGCCUGAAUCCUGAAACUCUGACAAUCCGUCCCGAGCUUUUGAAGCUGAUCGAGGGUCGAGGCUGGUGGACAGUGGCGUCCCAACCUGCGGUUAACGGUGUCCGAAGUGACGACCCUACCUAUGGCUGGGGUCCCCAGAAAGAGGGCUUUGUCUUCCAAAAGCCAUUCGUCGAGUUCUUCUGUCCGAACAAAGACUACCAAACUAUUCUCAAACCUCUUCUUCAGAAAUAUGGCGACGAAGAAUUUGCCUGGUUCGCAACUAACGCAACCGGUGAACUAGAGUCCUACAUCUCCACCCAGUCCAAUGGAGAUGAAUCCGAGAGAGAUCAAGUGCACAAUGGCGUGAACGCAGUGACAUGGGGUGUCUUCAAAGGCAAGGAGAUUAUUACCCCAACCAUUAUCGAGGAAGUCAGCUUCCGCGCCUGGGGUGAAGAGGCAUUCCGCAUCUGGGAUGAAUGGCGCCGUGUCUAUCCCCGCGGAUCUCCCACUGAACGUUUCAUCGACGAGACCAAGAAUGAUGUCUGGCUCGUUUGCGUCAUUGGGCAGCGAUAUGGGGCAGGCACAGAGCCGGGAUCGAAAGAAGAAGAGGAUGAAGUGAAGAUGCUCUGGAGGGUGUUGGCAGGAGAGCAGUAAUUCGCUCCCUGAAACAGGCCCCAGUCGAAGAACUUGUUCUGACCAUGAUGGAACACCCACCAACUGGGUAAAUCUUCUGAUGAAACGCAAGUCCGCCGGCAUGAAAGAUGCCGCAUUCGACUUUGUAAAUAGCUUUCACGAAUUAGAUACAAUGACGAUGAUAAAAAUAUGUUGCAGCGCAACUUU